UGGACAUUAAUUUUCAUUCCCAUCACGCUUCAAUCCCUUCCUAUAAGUCCGUUCCAUCCGCCCCCUUGUUUCCACGCCCAAUCCAACUGCCCAAAUCAAUCCCCUUCUCUCUCUCUCAACUCCCAAAAAUGGCGAAAAUCAGUCUACCCAAUCACUCCUUUAUCCUCCUUGCCCUCCUCCUCGCCGCCGCCUUCUCCGCGGACGCCGCCCUCGGCGGCGGAGGACGAACCGGCUUAGUGGGCGGGAUAAAAGAGAUCAAGAACGUGAAGGAAAACGCGUAUGUUCAAUCUCUGGGUAAGUUCUCCGUGGAUGAGGAAAACAAAAGUAGCGGCAAGCAGCCGUCGGCGAAGGAGGGUCCCCUGAAAUUCAUAGAAGUUUUCAAGGCGGAGCAGCAGGUGGUGGCCGGAAUGAAGUAUUUCCUCCACAUCAACGCCUCCUUGCCCACGGGUGGCGAGGGAACUUUUGAUGCCGCGGUGGUGGUCCCGCCCGGCAUGAAAUCGAAACAGUUGCUCACCUUCAAACGGGUCGUCGGUGGGAAGUAGAUGAAACCGCCGCCGCCUCUGACGGCGGGUUUGCGUUUCGGGUGCGGUGUGCAAAGAUUUUAGCAAUGCAGGAAAUGGGAUGGGUGUGAUGUAUGAGACUAUGAGUGUCUGUAGUGUGUCGCUGUGAGGAAUUAUCAUCGGAUUAUUUAAUUCCUUACAAAAUGAUGUCAUUUAAUAAGAUAUGUCUCCUUUUGCUAUUGUAUUGCUCUGUUUAUUGUAUAUUGUAUGGAGUCUCGCAUACACUCUACUUGGAUUGGCACAUGAAAAUAAACAUUAUUUGAUUUUAUAAAUUGCAUUCAUAUUAAAUUAUACUCCAUUGCAUUUUUAAUAUCUCUAAAUUGUAAUCAUUCAAUUAUUCUAUGAAUACAUUUUUUAUAUUCAA